AUGUCCAUCGAGAACCUCCACAUCAACGACGCAGAGGACGACCUCCCCGCAGGCGCGACCGUCGAGCUGCACUCCAAGCCCGAGCGCAAAGCCCGCAAAGCCCUCGAGGGACUCGGCCUCAAGAAGGUGCCCGGAAUCCAGCGCGUGACGCUCCGUCGGGCCAAGAACGUCCUCCUCGUCGUCUCGUCCCCCGAAGUCUACAAGGCCCCCGGAUCGGACUGCUAUAUCGUGUUUGGCGAGGCCAAGCUGGAGGACCCGUCCUCGGCUGCCCAGAUUAGCGCGCAGCAGCAGCUCGCGGCGAGCAGCAGUGCGGCGCAGGCCGCGACGCAGCAGGGAGGGUUCAAGGAUGGCGUGCCGAAGAGUCUGGAGGAGUUGAUGGAGGAUGGGGAUGACGCGCCCGACCUCGAGGCCACCGACAAGCCCUCAGCCAGCGGCAGCGGCGAAGUCAAAGUAGACGAAGAAGACGUCAAGCUCGUCGUCGCGCAGACGGGGUGCUCAGAGGCCAAGGCGAGGGAGGCGCUUCAGGCGGAGAAUGGGGAUUUGAUCAAUGCUAUCAUGCGUAUCGGAUCGUAA